AUGCUGUCGCCAGAAUUCGAACGAGAUCCAACACAAUCUCGGGCCAGUCCCGCAGUCCAGCGCCUAAACAUCCUCUCUGCGGCACCUAACUGUGGCACCACCGUCGCGGAUCGCGGCGCGUGUGGCGGGCCGCACUGCACACAGCUACCGAGAGAUACCCACGAAGAGGCGUCGAGAUACCGAGAGGCACCCACGCAGCGCCAUCGGGCUCAUCCGCCGCAGCUAGCAAUCACGGGCCUCGGCAUCCGCGCACGACAUCGCCGCGACUCACUCACUCACUCGGACGGUGCGUGCGAUCCCACCGCGCGCCGCUCACAGCCUCGCCUCGCCUUGCCUUGCUGUCCCAUUCGCCGCGCCGCCCCACCCACGCUCGUCUCUGCCCGGCGCUCCCCCGCCGUCGCACCCCCACUUCCCCGCUUUGCCUGCCUCCCCGCCUUCCACGCCGCCCACCUCGUCCCUCACGCCCACUCACCACUCGCGCCCCGCGUGGGGCCGCUUUCCUUCCGCGUCCCCUUCCGUCGAAGCACCCCAAGUGACGCGUUGCUGCUGAGAUCGCCCCAUCCAGCGCGCCAAGGCCCUCUCUGCCCUGCUCCCUCUCCCCACGUGCCGCCUGCAGCUGUCACCGCUACACGGCUCCACUGCGCCCGCUGCUCCUGCCACACGCAGUGUGUGCUUGCGACUUCAAAUGAGGACCGCCUCGCACGGCCCCUUCGUGCUACAUGCUCCCUCUAUAGCCCCCUCGACGUGCCAUACGGCCACCCCUCGCUGCGGGUGCACCUCUUUCGACGCUCUUGCUUCCUCCUCUCAUCCCUCCUUCCUCCUUCCUUUUCACAUGCUCCCCACUUCCUCUUGUCGCCCCUCCUUCCCCCGCGCCCUCCUGGUCUGGGCGGGCAGGAGGCGCUGUACGGGAGGGAGGUGAGGGUGGCGGACAGGGAGAUGGUGGAGAGCCGUGCGGGCGACCUGCUGCACCUGGCCGCCAAAGAGGACGUCGCCUUCCUCGUUGUCGGCGACCCCUUCGGGUGCGUGCCACGCACGGGUGCUGCCAUGUGCCCGCUGCGGCAAGCGAGGAUAGUGCAUCAAGGGCAAGGAGCUGCCCGAGCGGGCACCUUCUUGCACAAGCGCGUGGAGCUGAGGGGUGGAUGCAAGGCCUUGCCAGUGGGGAAGUGGUCCGCUGGUCCGCUGGAGCCUUGUGCCACGACGCACACGGAUCUGAUGCUGAGGGCGAGGCAGCAGGGCGUGGCGGUGAGUGUGGUGCACAACGCCUCUGUGCUCAACGCUGUUGGCGCCACCGGCCUGCAGCUCUACAGGUUCGGCGAGACGGUGUCCAUCCCGUUCUUCACGGACACGUGGCAGCCCGACAGCUUCUACGACCGCAUCCUCGGGAAUGCCGCCAGGGACCUCCACACACUCUGCCUGCUCGACAUCAAGGUGAAGGAGCCAUCGCUGGAGGCCAUGGCCAGGGGCAGGAUAGAGUACGAGGCGCCGCGCUACAUGAGUGUGAACACGGCCAUCUGCCAGCUGCUGCUCGUGGAGGAGAAGCGCCACCAGCAAGUCUGCACACCAGACUCGCUGUGUGUGGGAGUGGCACGGCUGGGUGCGGACUCGCAGUGCAUUGUGUUUGGCAGCAUGCAGCAGCUCUCAGACGUUGACUUGGGCCCGCCUCUGCACUCGCUGGUGCUCUGCGGCGCGCUGCACGAGCUUGAGAGGGACUUCCUGGACGCCUUCAAAGUCACCGAUGCCACGCCCAGGAUCGUGGAGGGCUCAGAAGGAAGCGAAGAGGAGGAGAGCGAGAGGCCCAUCUUGUGA